CGGAAUUGGACCCGUUUCGGGAGCAAGUUUGUCGAGUGGCUCUCUUGCUGUUACGUCAGAUCGGAGAAUCGGAUGGUCCGAGCGAGACCGGCUGCAGAAAAAUAAUUGGGAGGUGCGCGGAUCGCGGAGCAGGGCGUGUUCCUCGUUUUAGUGAAAGUAAUCGCAUACGUCGCGGACCGGACAUUUCCUAUAAAAACACCGACCAACCGCGCUAAAGGCACACUUGGUCCGAAACUACCACCAGAUACAAUGAAGAGCUUUGCGAUAGUACUGUUGGCGACUGCCGUAUUGGCAGCCCCCGGAAAGGAGCAGCCGAAUAAACAAGACAAACGGAGUCUGCUGACGGGUGAUCUCGGUGCCUCGAGUUAUGGUCUCCAGAGUUAUGGUGCCUCGAGUUAUGGCCUCCCGAGUUAUGGUGCCUCGACUUAUGGCCUCCCGAGUUAUGGUGUUUCGAGUUAUGGCCUCCCGAAUUACGGCUUAGGCCUUUCUGGAUAUUCAACCGGAUCGAAAGUAUUCGGGUCAGGAUUGUCGGGACUGUCUGUAGGUAACAGCCUGUCCUCCGCCUACGCAUCCGGAUACGGACCUUACGGCGGAACUUACGGCGGAACUUACGGAGGAGCUUACGGCAGUAGUCUCUCGAGUGGUUUCGUGCCAAGCCUUGCGCACGCCAAGACCGAACGCAUCACCGGCGUCACCCUUCAUCGCGAGGUCCAAGUGCCAGUUCCGGUGCCGCAACCCGUCCCAGUCGAAGUCACCAAGCACGUACCCGUCCCGCAUCCCGUGGCCGUCAAGGUAGACCGUCCGUAUCCGGUCCCAGUACCGCAACCCGUACCCGUCGAGGUCACCCGUCACGUGCCCGUCAAAGUCGACCGACCCUACCCGGUCCCAGUACCGCAACCCGUCGAGGUCCGUGUCCCGCAACCAGUGCCAGUCCCGGUAGCACAACCGGUGCCCGUUCCUGUCUCCGUCGCGCAGCACGUGCCGGUGUCCGUGCCAUCUUAUAAUGUAGUACCGUCGACUGUCGGCGUUGUACCGUCCACCUUUGGCGUCGUGUCGUCGCCGUCGAUCGGCUACGCAACGCAUGGCCUCUCAUCCGGACUCUCGUCCGGGGUGCUCUCGUCCGGAUUCUCCUCCGGGCUCUCGUCCGGACUCUCGUCCGGGGUGCUCUCGUCCGGAUUCUCGUCUGGACAUGAAUACGCCGAUCUGGGAUCCAGCCACUUGGGAUCCAUCUCGAGUGCGAGUCUUGGUAACGGAUAUAGCUACGGCUUAGAGAACGGCAUCGUCUCGUCUGGCAGCGUCGUUAGCAGCGGUUUGGGAUCCGCCGGCACUGUAUUGUCAUCGUCUCACGACAAUCUCGAUUUUGCAUCCGCAUCAUUACCGAUCAAACCAAGCUUUGUGAAAAAUUGGUAAAUUCAAGGGCCAACAAUUUGAUUAAACAUAUUUUUAAGGCAUCUCUCGAGUGCAGGUUAUGAAUUGAAUGUGCAGAAUACCAAUUGUGUCUUGUAUGCCAAAUAAAUUUAUAUUUUUCUAUCCUAUAUAUCUCCAUAGAAUCGUUAUGAUUGUAUAAUGUUGAUUACAGUUAUGUAAUUAUGCUACGAAACACUUUCGCAAACUCCUCUAAUAUCAUCGGUAUUUUUCUAGUCUUAUAACUUAGACAUGCCUUUAUAAAUUUUAUGAA